CGCGGGCCGCGCAGCCGCAGGAGGCCCGAGCCGCGGGACGAGGCCGCAGCGGCGGCUCCGGGGCCGGGCCAUGGCGAGCCCGGGCUCGGGCAGCGGCUCCGUGAGGGAGGACACCGGGGCAGAAGCGGGCUCCGUGCGGGACGACAUCGGGGCAGAACCGGGCUCCGUGCGGGACGACAUCGGGGCAGAACCGGGCUCCGUGCGGGACGACAUCGGGGCAGAACCGGGCUCGAGUAGCGGCUCCGUGCAGGGCGACAUCGGGGCAGAACCGGGCUCCAGCAGCGGCUCCGUGCGGGGAAUCAUCGGGGCGGACCCGGGCUCCGUGUGGGGCGAUAUCGCUUUCUGGGCCGACCGCACUCCGGUUCACGAGGCCGCGCGGCGCGGGGAGAUCCGGCAGCUGCGGCAGCUGAUCGAGAGCGGCGCCUGUGUCAAUGCCCUCACCUACGACUCCAUCACACCCCUGCACGAGGCCAGCCUCAGGGGACAGGCCCAGUGCGUCAAAAUGCUCCUGGAUGCGGGGGCCCAGGUGGACGCUCGGAACAUUGAUGGCAGCACUCCUCUGUGUGAUGCCUGUGCCUCGGGCAGCGUGGAGUGCGUGCGGCUGUUGCUGGCGCACGGUGCCAAGGUGAACCCUCCGCUCUACACGGCGUCACCGCUGCACGAGGCCUGCAUGAACGGGAGCUCGGAGUGCGUGCAGCUCCUCAUCGACGUCGGCGCCAACCUGGAGGCUCACGACUGCCACUUCGGGACCCCGCUGCACGUGGCCUGCGCGCGCCAGCACCUGCGCUGCGCCAAGCUGCUGCUGCAGGCGGGAGCGCAGGUGAACGCGGCCAAGCUUCACGAGACGGCGCUGCACCACGCGGCCAAGGCGCGCUGCGCCGCCCUGGUCCGGCUCCUCGUGGAGUUCGGAGCCGACGUCAACGCCCGCGACAACCGCGGCCGGAAACCCUCGGACUACAGCGGGAACGGCGGAGCCGCCGCCCGCUGCUUCCAGUUCUACGAGAGAACGCCGCUGUCCCUGGCUCAGCUGUGCCGCCUGGCCGUGCGCCGAGCCGCCGGCCAACGCGGGCAGCACAAAAUCUCCAAGCUGCAAAUCCCGCCCCGGCUCAUCCGCUUCCUCUCCUACGACUGAAUCCCGGGAAUCCCGGCAAUUCCAGAGGAUUUCUCCUUCUCUUCUACCUCCCCCACCCCCAAAAAAAUCCGCGUUAAUUUCAUUGGAGGCGCUGCUGUGACCGGGAUUGCUCAGGAAUUCCUCUUUUCCCUUGGAAUUUCCCCCGGGUUGGGAAUUUCAGGCUCCUCCGGGUGGAUUCCCCUUCCCGGAUUUUCCCGGAUUUUCCCGGAUUUCCUCAGUGGGAUCCAGCCAGGAGGGAGGGGGGAGGGGUAAAUGUGGAGCGGGAAUCAUUCCAGCCGGGAAUUCCACGCUCCGGAGCCGCUCGGCAGCUCCGAUCCCGUUUCAAUCCCGAUUUUCCCUGCAGAGACCCCUCUGAUCCCGAUUUUCCCAUUUCAAUCCAGAUUUUCCCAUUUCUGAUCCCAAUUUUCCCAUUUCUGAUCCCAUUUAUCUCCCAUUUUUCCCAUUUUGAUCCCAUUUUUCCCAUUUUUGAUCCCAUUUUCCCAUUUCUGAUCCCAUUUUUCCCAUUUUGAUCCCGAUUUUCCCAUUUUGUUCCCAUUUUUCCCAUUUCUGAUCCCAUUUUUCCCAUUUCUGAUCCUGAUUUUCCCAUUUUCAUCCCAUUUUUCCCAUUUUCAUCUCAUUUUUCCCAUUUCUGAUCCCAUUUACCCAUUUUGAUCCCGUUUUUCCCAUUUUCAUCCCAUUUUUCCCAUUUCUGAUCCCGAUUUUCCCUGCAGGGCUCAUCCAUCCCCUUCUGGCUGAUCCCAGCUGGAAUUCCAGGAUUUUUGGGAAUGACCCGGGACACUUUUCCCAGGAGGGGAAAUCCUUGGGAUCGGAUCCCACCCUCAGGAAUAACCCCGGGACAAUUCCCUGGGAAUCCGGGAAUUCCCUGAUUCACCAUUCCCUGGGGGCUGGAGGCCGGGAAUUUUGGGAAUUUUGGGAAUUUGGGGCUUUUUCCAGGAGCAUCCAGAGGCUUUGGAUCCAUCCCAGGAAUGUUUGUCCCAUUCCCAGCCCUUUCCCUGAUCCCGGAUUUGAUUCCUCCUCCCUCAGGAUCCAGCGGGAGAUUCGGGAAUUUCGGGAUGGAUUUCCCCCCUCUGGAGCUCUUUUCCCAAUCCUGGAGCCUCUCCCGGGCUUGGGAUUGGAAUUCCCGGCUGGAAUUCCCGGCUGGAAUUUUGUCCUUGGAUGUUUGAGCCGGAAUUCUCCUCCCCCUUCUGGAUUUUCCCUGUUUUUCCCGCUAAUCCCGGAAAAUCGCGGAGCUUCCCGACGAUCCCUGCGGAACCCUCGGAAUCCGCCGGGAACGCGGAGCUGGAGGAGUUUUGUGGGAAUUCCUUUUCCCUUGGAUCUGUUCCUCCCCUUUCUCAUCCUGAAAAAUCCCAAAUCCUUCCGGUCCCAUCCCCCUUUUUGGGAUUCCCACAAAUCCGGAAUUGUGGAAGCUCAGGGAAGCCCCAAAAGUGAUUUUGGGGAUUUUUUAUUUUGUGGGAUUCAUCCCUGGGAAUGGCAGGAAAGAGCUUGGGUGGGAGAAUUUAGGGAUCCCAAAUUCCUGUCCUUGGAUCCCAAAUUCCCUUUUAGGAUCCCAAAUUCCCUUUCAAGAUCCCAAAUUCCCUUUUAGGAUCCCAAAUUCUCAUUUUAGGAUCCCAAAUUCCCUUCCUUGGGUCCCAAAUUCCCUUUCAGGAUCCCAAAUUCCCUUUUAGGAUCCCAAAUUCCCUUCCUUGAAUCCCAAAUCCCCUUUUAGGAUCCCAAAUUCCCUUUAAGAAUUCCCAAAUUCCCUUUCUUGGAUCCCAAAUUCUCUUUCAGGAUCCCAAAUUCCCUUUUUAGGAUCCCAAAUCCCUUUUUAGGAUCCCAAAUUCUCUUUAAGAAUUCCCAAAUUCCCUUUCAGGCAUUUUUCCCAACCCUCCCGACCCCGGUAAAAGAAUGGAAUUCCAAAAUCCAGGUUUUCCUUGGAAAAGCAGGAAGAUUCCAACAAUAAAUUCCCGAAUUCCGUGGA